AUGCCGGACGGCUCGCUGAAGAACUACAAUCACGAGCUGCUCAAGUCGGGGCUGGUGUUGAAGACGGACCAGGGGGAUCGCUUCAAAAUUGGCAAGCCGAUCGCGUACGGCCGAUUCGGCGAUGUCUAUUCGGUUGAUGGAAAGCCCGGCGGUCCGACGAUCGCCAUUCGGACCGAGUUGCCGGAUUUGCCGGAGGAGUACGCGCAAAUGGAGACCAUCGAGAACAUCCUGUCGCUGGCGCAAAAGGAGCGGAAGGCGUGGAAGGAGCACUUGCCGGUGCUCUAUGGCAAGGGGGCAAAGCCGUUGCCAUUCCUCGUGCUCGAGGCGUACCCGCUGCGCCUUGACGAGGUCAUCUCCACGAUCGUCUCCAAGAAUCAGGCGCUUGACCGCGAAAGCGUCUGCUUCAUCGGCCUGCACACGUUGCGCGCCAUCCAGGAGCUGCACCGGCUCGACUACGUGCACCGCGAUAUUCGACCGGCCGUCUUCCGCUUUCGGAACCCGAAGGCCACCCCGUCGGGGAUCAUCUUGGCCUCGCUCGGCUUCUGCAAGCCCAAGAUCAAGCCCGGGUCCGGCGGGAAAUAUAAAGUGAACCAAAUCCCGCCCCGCACCCGCGCCUCGGCCACGACCACCAAAUACUGGAGCAUGCGGAUGGAAGAGGGGGCCGAUGACUACUUCUACAACGAUGAUCUCAUCUCCUGGGUGUUCAUGUUCGCCGACCUGUGGAGCCCCGGCUCGCUGCCGUGGGAGAUGACCAACGACCAGCAGCAGGGCGACGCCGAGCCGAACGCGGCCAUCGCCCCGACGGGCAAGCCGUCGAAGGAGCGCACGAUGACGAUCGACGUCGACAAGCCGACCACGCAACACGGCCCGGAUAACCGCUCCGGCAAGCACCGGCGUCGCCGCCCACCCGCCGAGCGUACGGAGGCCGACUCCGUUCGUCGCGCCCUCAAGACCACCGAGGAGCCGUCGGAAGAUGCGGCCGUUCCGGCUCGUGCUCGCUUCAUGAGCCGCGAAAUUGCCUCCGAGGGUCGUAAGAAGAAGAACAAGCACGGAUCCAGGGCCGGCAGUCGCGAGGCGACGAAGGAGGUGAAGGAAAAGGAGACGACCAAGGAGAGCCGGAAAGAAAAGGAGAAGGAGAUCCCGACGAUGACCUGCGAGGCGAGCAACAUGAAGAAGAUU